AUGGCUCAACUUGGUGUGCUGAUGUUUGGUUUGGCCAGAUUAACGACCUCAUUAUCCGCUCCUUCCUACUUUACCUUCUCCUCCUCCUCCUCCUUCUCCUGCUCAUCAUCAUCAUCAGGCGCCGAAGACCCUGUCACCUGCUCAAGGCACCAGCACCAGCAGCAUCCUCAGCAGUCACAGCAAAGCUGGAUGGGCACAAACGACACGCCUCCUGACGAGUUACCGCUCACUUCCAUGUCCGCCAAUGGCAACUCAUCUGUCACAAUCCUGUCUGCCGGCGGUGGUGGUGGUGGUGGUGGUGGUCACAGCAGUGCGGCGGGCAAGUCGUCCGGCGCCGACAUGCAAAUGGCGGUGACGACGGCGGCCUCAGUCCCUCACGACCCCGAGGAGUGCGAGCGUCUGAAGCCAGCCAACGGUGACCACACUGCCUACGGCGCCGCCCCCAACGAGGUCAAUCACCACCACAAAGCCUGUGAUCAUUCCUCGCCGCUGAUGGACAACAGCUCCAACGGCUCGGCGCCCACCACCUCUGCCGCUGGCGGCUCUGCCAGGUUCGCCGGUGGCCCCGGCUGCGGCGGCGGCACAAAGAGGCACUCGGUGAUGCUCACCAGAGGCGACACUGACCUGUCCAUCGACCACGGCGGCUUUCAGCGGUUUCUGCCCAAGUUCAUGCACUUCACCUUUGCCGACCACGAGGCGGAGAACCUCUAUCACGAGUACUACAGCAAUGAGAAGCGGUCCGACUUUCAGGCUCUGAUCCUCAUAGUGAUUCUGGUGAACGCCGUCAUCCUCCUCCUGCACAUCCUCGCCUGCGUCUGCGGCAAGACGGCGCCCAACCUCGCCUCCUCCGCCUCCAUCCGCCACCUGUCCAUUGUCGGCGCCUGCCUCGCCACCGUCCUCCUCCUCUGCGUGCUCUGUCUGCGCCGGUCGUCAGAGGGCGUCGCCUCUCGCCGCCUCUGGUCGGCCAUCCCCUUCGUCCUGUGGGCGGUGAUGCUCGUCCAGGUGGUCUGUGAUCUGUGGACGUACAGCGGGGGCGUGGGCCCGCCCGAGGCAGGCGGCGGCUCCAUGGUCUGGCUGCUGCUCUACACCUACUCCACAUAUGUUAUCUUCCCGCUGCGGUUUCGCCACCUCAGCGCGCUCAGCUGGGCAAUGGCCGCCCUCUACCUGCUCGAGGUCAUCCUCUCCGCCUCAAAGUCCUACAAGUUUAUUAAUCAAAUUUUGGCCAAUAUUCUAUUGAUCAUCUGCGUCAAUGUGCUCAGUAUGAUGUCUUUCUUUUUCUACGAACGACAACAAAGACGUGCCUUCCUCGAGGCCAGACAAAGUCUGGAGGCUAAAAUAAUUCUAGAAGAAGAAAGCGAAGAGCAGGAACGCCUUUUGCUAUCUGUUUUACCAAAACACGUGGCGGUGGAAAUUCGCAAAGACUUGGGAGCCGUCGUUGAGGGACAGUUCCAUAAAAUUUAUAUGAGCCGACAUGAAAAUGUCAGCAUUCUUUUUGCCGACAUCGUCGGUUUCACUGCCUUCAGCUCAACGGUUAGCGCCCCUGAGCUGGUCAAAACGUUAAAUGAACUUUUUGCAAGAUUUGAUAAACUUAGUGAGAAAUAUCAUCAACUACGAAUUAAGAUUCUUGGCGAUUGUUAUUACUGCAUCAGUGGAGCGCCUCAGGAGCGACCCGAUCAUGCGGUCCUCUGUGUACAUAUGGGCCUGUCAAUGGUCGAGGCGAUCAA